AUGAAGUGGAAGAAUAUCGUGGCCGCCUUUGGCCUGGCCAGUCCGGCCAUCGCACUCCUGCGAUUCGGCUGUGCCCGUCUCACCAUCCAGCGUCUGGACCCUCUGGUGACCCCUGGCCAGAAUCCGUCACCUCAUCUCCAUCAGAUUAUCGGAGGGAACUCCUUCAACGUGUCUAUGUACCACCCCGAGCAUGACCUCGUCAAGCUGUCGACGUGCACCAGCUGCCAGUUCAAAGAGGACUUUUCCAACUACUGGACCGCUGUGCUGUACUUUCGCGCGCGCAACGGCACAUACAAGCGCGUUCCGCAGAUUGCUCAGGCGGGGAUGGAGGGCACUCAGGGGGGGAUGGUCGUUUACUACAUGAGCGACGCGCUCUUCGACACCGCCCAGAAAUCCACCGUGACAGCCUUCAAACCCGGGUUCCGCAUGAUUAUCGGCGACGCAACCUACUCCAGCCGCAACGAGUCCCGCGACUUCCGCCAGCUCACCUACACCUGCAUGGAAAGCCAAGCCUCCCGCCAGCCCGAAUCCAUCGGCUUCCCCAAGACCCCGUGCAAACUAGCCAUCAUGGCGAACCACCGCUUCCCGACCUGCUGGGACGGCGUCAACCUCGACACGCCCAAUCACCACGACCACGUCUCCUACCCGGAAUCCGGCACUUUCGAGUCCGGCGGACCCUGUCCUGCUUCCCACCCUGUGCGUCUGCCGCAGAUCCUGCUCGAGACGGUCUGGGAUACCUCGCAGUUCAACAACCCGAACGACUGGCCCGAGGAGGAAGGGGCGCAGCCGUUUGUGUGGUCGAAUGGGGACAGCACGGGGUACUCGUCGCACGCGGAUUACGUGUUUGGGUGGGACGGGGACUCGCUGCAGCGGGCUAUGGAUGGGCACACGUAUGUGAAUGCGCCGAUGUUGACGGCGCAGUCGAUUGCGGAGCAGAAUAAGUGUGUGGUGGAGGAUAUGGUGGGGGAGAACUUUGACGGAUGGCUUGACGAGCUACCGGGUGGAAACUCUAUGUUCUGA